AUGCUAUCCACUAGAUUUCUAACUCGUCCCACGGUAUCCACCUUUGCAGUCUUACGCAGGGGUUCAGCCUGCUUUCAUUCAUCGUCUGUUCUGCAGACAGGAAAAGUUUUUGAAGCUCAAGAAGAGACGUUUGGGAGUUUAGUAGAGAAGGCCAGUGAGCCCGUUAUCGUCGAUUUCUAUGCCGAGUGGUGUGGACCAUGUAAAGUCCUUGCACCAAUCAUCGAAAGCGCGGUGAAUUCGAACAAAAAAGUUACUCUCGUCAAAGUCGAUGUCGACAAAAUUCCCGACAUUGCUCAUAAAUAUGGUGUUUCGUCGAUGCCAACUGUGAAGGCCUUUCACAAGGGCAAAGUAGUGGGUGGAUUUAUAGGCGCACAACACGCAAAGUUCGUCAAGGAAUUCGUGGAAAGGGCCGGAUCAUUGGCCAACUGA